CCUUUGUCCGCGAUUGUGUUUGUCUCAUGAAUUGAUUGUCUUCCAUCUAUCUACCUGUUAAUCACUCGGCCCCAAAUCUCUCUGGCGGUUAUCCAGCUGGCGCGGAGGAUGGCGACUGUUUGUUGAUCCGCCAGUUCAAUUAACCGCUGCGAACUCCUGCUUGCUUCUUUAGCCGUUGUUGGUUCAUGCUGAAAUCGCUACCAUGAGUACUUUUGACAUUCAAUCUCCCCGGUCGUCAUAUGGCGAACGGACGCAGUAUGAUACUGCCUCCUAUUAUGCCGAACCGUCGCAGCCGCCGCCAACCAACGUCCUGAUGAAUGGCUACCGCAACGCCCUGAACUCGCAACCCGUGGAGAAUUCGCCUUACAAUCAUCCGAAGCCCACCAACCCACAAAGCUCAACAUUGCGCAAUGCCCAUGAUCCCGUCGCCAUGUACCUAUUGACCGAGACCGCCAUGACCGAUAGCACACACUACGAGAUCUUGUCCUUGGAGGAAGUGGAGGGCUUGAAGAAGGAGCACAAAUUCUUGUCUAGCAGGUUGAAUGCCGCCAAAGGGAAUUUGGCCCUGGAAAUGAAGUUGCGCGAUGCGGCCAUGUCGCUCAGCCGACUUUACACCACCAAGAGCCCCCGGGCGAGCGGAGAAUAUGACCUGGACUCGUCCCCCGAUUCUCGUCGGAGCCUUCUGGGGCCCAGCGGCUCCACCCCGGAUAAGACGGAGGAAGAGCUCGCGCAGAGCACGCGGAAAUGCGAAGAGCUGGCUAAGGAGGUCUGGAACCUGGAGCAGAGAGUACAGCAAGUCAACAACAGGUUGCUUGAGCAUACAGCUGGGAUCUUGCAAAUGACACAUAAGGGCCUGAAGAAAAACCUGCAAGGCAAUAUGGCUGAUACACCUGAGACCCUCGCCAGCCCCAAUACGCAUGGUAGCAUGCACGACUUCGACGAGCGGAGCCUUUACAAACCGAUCGAGUAUAUGGAUGAGGCUCACGGGUCCGAGGCGCGGAACGGACGUGGCUUGGGCAGCGCUGGGUUAGAGGUGAUUCAAGAUACAGAAAGAAGAUUGGAGUAUCUAAGUGGACGGCUACGGAAUAUGAUCCUCCAGUCGAACCCAGACAGCGGUCUUGCUCCUAUCCCGCAACGCUCUCAAGGUCAAGAUCCAGACUAUCCUACAGCAACGUGCGAAGCACACCUCGCAUAUAUCGAAGAGGGAUUGGACAUGCUUGGCUCGAGCGCUUCCGGCGGUCCGUCCCAGGCCAGGGGUGUCGACUACGAUCACGAGCAAUUAGAAGAGAUUAACGCACGACUGUACAGCGUUGUCCAACAGUCUGGGAUACCGCAUACUCAAACUUUACCGCCCCCACCAGAUUCGUCUCAAAGCGACGCGGCAGAACACCUCGCCUACCUCAGUGCAGGAAUUAGUGGGCUUGAAGGACGGAUCGACAAACUGCUUGAACAAAAGAGCAUCCUCACGACGCAAAUCCAGCAACAGAGAGAACUUAACUCCAAAUCAGACGCGGAGAGAGAUGCGCACAUCGCUGAGCUAGCUGAACAACUGACUCAUGUACGCAAAGACCUCGAGCUAUCAGAGAGCGAAGGUCAACGGUCGAGGGAGGAGCUGGAUCAGGCCUUGGAACAGCUGAAGAUUAUGCAACAGGAGCUAGAAAACCGCAAGGAAGAGCACAAGAUGGAGGAUGUUUCUGGCGCGAUGGCGUCCGAAAAAGAGGCGCGCGCGCGCGCUGAAGCGGAAGUCGAACGCUUGCAAAGUAUCAUUCAGGACCUCGAACGCGAAAAGGAGUCACACGCUGAGGCUCACGACGCGCGAGCCCGGGCAGAGAAUGAACUUUCCCGACUCGAAGCUCACAUGGAAGAAUUACGGUCUCAGCACAGUACUCACACGGAAGAGCUCACUGCAGCGCACUCCCAGGCUCAGGCAGAAAUCACACGCCUGCAAAGUGUGCUCGACCAGACUCAAGGUGAAACCGACGCGAAGAUUGCAGCUGCUGAGGCGGCCCGUCUUGAACACCUCCGUUCUCAAGCUGAUACUCACGCUGAAGAGCUUGCUUCAGCCCGCGCGCAGGCAGACAGUGAAAUUGCGGAGUUGAAGGAGACGAUCAGUCAUCUGCAGAGUGAGGUAACUUUGAAGGCGGAGGCCUCUGAAGCGCACGAACGCACGACACAACAGAUCCUGCAACUCGAGGAGACCAUGCAACUGAUGCGCAAUGAAUCAGAUGCCCAGAUAAAGGAGGCUACGGAAGCCCGGACACAGGCCGAGACCGAGGUCGCUCGUCUGGAAGCUGUAUUGGGUCAACUUCGGGCCGAAAUGGAACCCCAGCUGAAGGAAGCAGUUGAAGCACGUGUGCAGGCCGAGGGUGAGGUCUCACGCCUGGAAACUCUAUUACACCAGCUUCGAGCCGAUGUAGAGGUGCUCGAGUCACAGUUCAAACAAACUACGGAGGCACGCACCCGUGCUGAGGAGAACGCCACGCGCUUGCAGGCGGAGUUGACUGAGAUGGAAGGCGAAGUUGUACGGACCCAAACUGAGCUGACAAUGGCGAAGGCCGAGCUUGAUGGUGCCUAUGGAUCUCGAGCCCAGCGUGCGGCCGAUAUUACAGCCAAUCCUGCCAUUCAAAGGGAAUUUGAUGCGCUGAACACCCGGAACCUGGAACUUGCCGAGGAGUUGGCAGCGCUUAAGGCCGGAAAGCCUGGCAGCAGCGACCUGCAGAACCGGGUGGAAGCACUCCAAAAAGAACUGCGGGAGACCGUUGACGAUUAUGAAGCAAUGACGAAGGCUAGUAUCGAGUUCGAGAAAGAACGCGAGAGAUUCGAGAGUGUUAUUGAUGCGCUACGGGAUCGUUGCGAGCAACUCGAGACUCAGCUUAACGAGGAACGGAUCAGCUGGAUGGGUAGUGGUCGCGAUGGCCACUAUGAGAGCACAUCGACGAUGGUGCUGAAGAAUGAGUUCAAGAAGAUGAUGCGGGACACGCGUAUUGAGAACAUGAAGAUCCUCAAAUCGGAACAAGAAGAACGUCGCCGGCUGGAAACGAUGAUCAGGAAUCUGAAGAAGGAACAAGCCAUUAUGAAUGGCAAACCUGGCAUCAGCCCGAGUAUCCCAACCCAAUGACCGCCCCUGCCGGAGCCUGCUAUGACUAUGUGAUGCUAUUCAGCGAGUCUACCGCCCAUAGGAAAAUUACUCCUUAGCAUGCCAGAUGCAGCCCCUACGAUGCCCCGUCAGCCAUAUGAGAACGCCGAGGGCCCCUUUGACCCCGAUAAACUGAAGCAUUGUUUCCUCGCCGUGAGGCUGAAGACGCGUACGUUCUCCGGCUGACUCAUCCAGUUGUGUGCACAGGGGACGGGGCUUCUAGAUGCUGCAUAAGUUGUAGCAGGGCAGGCGACGAAAUCCGAAAAUUCAAGACUGUAAAUAUAAUAGACAGGUGCUGCAUGAUCAGAUAAUAAGCAGUAUGUGGGAGGAUGUGUACAUAUGUACCUAUACAGACUUAAUUUUCUUAGAAUCAACGAG